AUGACGCAGACUCCUAUGAUCUCGGUGCCUCUGAAGGCCACCAACGAGAUCGACUGGGUUACCCCGCUAAAGACAUACAUUAGAGAUAGUUACGGAGACGACCCGGACCGAUAUGCCGAGGAGUGCGCUACGCUCAACCGGUUGCGUCAGGACAUGAGAGGUGCCGGCAAGGACAGCACCGCUGGGAGAGACUUGUUGUACAGAUACUACGGCCAGCUCGAGUUGCUAGACCUCCGCUUCCCCGUCGACGAGCAACAUAUCAAGAUAUCCUUCACUUGGUUUGACGCCUUUACGCACAAGUCCACUUCUCAGUACUCGCUUGCGUUUGAGAAGGCCUCUAUCAUCUUCAACAUAUCCGCCGUCCUAUCUUGCCAUGCCGCCAACCAAACCCGGUCCGAGGAGGCGGGCCUCAAGACCGCUUACCACUCUUUCCAAGCCUCCGCCGGCAUGUUCACCUACAUAAACGAGAAUUUCCUACAUGCACCAUCGUCUGAUUUAAGCAGGGAUACCGUCAAAACCCUGAUUCAGAUAAUGCUUGCGCAAGCCCAGGAAAUCUUCCUCGAGAGACAGGUCGCCGACCAGAAGAAGGUCGGGCUGCUAGCAAAGCUGUCUAGCCAGGCCGCGUACCUGUAUCAGCAGGCCCUCGAAGGCGUUCAGGAGAACGUUAAUAAGGCCAUCUUCGAGAAAGUCUGGCUUUUCUUCAUUCAGAUAAAAGCGAGUUUGAUGAGCGCAAAUGCCCAGUAUUAUCAAGCGCUUGCCGAUGAAGAUGCAAAUUCGUACGGCGUUGCUGUUGCGAGGCUUACCACCGCCGAAACCCAAGCGAAGGAAGCCAACAGGCUGGCCAACAAUUUUCCUAGCACUAUGCCGCCCAGCUCGAACCUAAGCACCGACACGGGCACGCUACUAGCAGAAAUCACAAAACGGAACCUAACUACGAUUCAGGAGAAACUUAAAGGGCUGAUUAAGGACAACGACUAUAUCUACCAUCAGACCGUCCCGACGGAGGCUAGUCUAGUUCCGGUGCCGAAGCUCCCUGCUGCGAAGCCGAUACCAGUAAACGAACUGUAUGCCGGCCAGGAUAUUCAGCGCAUCACCGGUCCAGACUUGUUCGCUAAGAUUGUCCCUUUCGCGGUCACAGAAUCGGCAAGUUUAUACGACGAAGAGAAGGCGAAGUUAGUGCGCGCAGAGACCGAGAGGGUCGACCUGGCCAAUAGCGAAAUGGCAGCAAGCUUGGACUACCUCAGACUACCGGGCGCUCUGCAGGUGCUAAAGGGAGGCAUCGACCAAGACAUCGCUCCGGACGAGGAUUUCCGGACAUGGUGUGACGACGUUGCGGGUCACGAGAAUCCCAUCUCGAUCUUUGACACGUUACGCAUAGACAAGGACGCGAUCAUGACGGUUCUGGACAGGUCCUCGAAGCAGCUUGACAUGGAGGAGAGUGUUUGUGAGAAGAUGCGGUCAAAAUACGAGGGUGAAUGGACACAGCAGCCCAGCUCAAGACUUACUACCACCCUAAGAGGGAACAUUCGGAACUAUCGGGAGGCGUUGGACGAGGCGGCAAAGAGCGAUGCUCAGCUAUACUCCAAAUUCCGACAGAACGAGGUAGACUUCGAAGAUAUGCGGAACGCGGCCGAAACCGGCGGCGUCGAUGCUUUCUUCCAAAGAGCGGUUAGCAAAUUCGGCGCGAAAUCCGGUAGCGCAAUAAGCCCCGCUGGAGGCGAGCCGAAUUUGCUUGAUGACGAUUUCGAUGAUGGCAGCCCGAGCGUAGUAGAGCAGAUAAACAGGGUCGAAGACAUUCUGAAGAAGUUAAACUUAGUGAAGAGGGAACGGAACCAGGUACUGAAGGAUCUCAAGGAGAAGGUCCACAACGACGAUAUCUCGCAAAUUCUCAUCUUGAAUAAAAAGUCAAUACCGAACUACGAAAAGGAGCUGUUUCAAUCUGAACUAGAGAAGUUCCGCCCUCACCAGACCCGGCUCCUCCAGGCAAACCAUAAGCAGUCGUCGUUGAUGAAGGAGCUCACAGCGUCGUUCAACCAUCUCCUCCAGGACAAGCGCGUGCGCUCGGAGCAGAGCAAGUAUGAGUCGAUCCAACGACAGAGAAGCUCUGCGGUAAACAGAUACAAGAGGGCAUACCAAGAGUUUCUCGACCUCGAAUCUGGCUUGCAGAGCGCGAAAAAUUGGUACACGGAGAUGAAGGAGACGGUCGAUAGCCUCGAAAAGAACGUGGAGACUUUCGUUAACAACAGGAGAUCGGAGGGGGCGCAAUUUCUCAGCCAGAUUGAACAGGAGAUGGCAGCGAAUAAGAAUGCUCAAGCCGAGGCUGAGCGAGAAAGAAUCCGUGGUCUCAUGGAGCGAAUAUCUAUGGAACCGAAUCCAUCACCGCCGUCGAAACCGGGCUCGGCCCGGCCCGUGCCAGCGCCGCUAUCCUUUUCAAGUACUGCUCGAUAUCCGCAAACUAACAUCACCGGUCAAUAUCAGAUGCCAACGUCCCCACCACCGAGCCAGGCCAACUAUCCCGGAUAUUCCAGCCCUCCGCCAAGCACCACCUAUACGUCGACGCCGCAGCCAUCCUACGCGCCCAAUCCGCAGGCGAAUAACCCGGCGUUUGGGCAGACGGCGUACAAUCCCAGCAGUUGGGGCCGAAAUCCCGGCCCUGCCUCGCCGCCGCCGAACCAGUCUACCUUCGGGCUCGGACUAGGCGGGAGAGGGCCGGCUUCUCCCCCGCCAUCACAAACGUCCUUCACGCAAAAUCAGUAUAGCACUUACGGGAACCCACAAGGUCAAACGUCGCAGUAUGUGCCUCCGGGGUUCGUGCCGCCUCCGCCACCUCGGGGACCACCACCACUAGGCCCGCAGCAGACGAUAUACUCUCAGCAACCACAGGAUUAUCCAUACAGCGGUCCCCAGAGCUCGACCUCUCGAUCAUCGCAGCCGCAGUCACAGCACAACGACCCGUGGGCAGGGCUAAACGCUUGGAAGUAG